CUAAGCUCAAUCAUCAUUGAUCGAGAGAGCCCAAAAUAUAUAUAUUUGUAAUCGUAACAGUAAUAUAAUUCUCUUUAGUACUUUCAAGUGUCAAAACAAGAAGCCUUAUGUGUUUUUCAAUCGGAUUUUAUAAGAUUUUCCUUUCCUUUCUUUUCUUUUCAGACUAACCAAACAGCGCCUUCUCACAGAAGAAAAACAUGGAGGCGACAAGUACUGAUACCGACAAGAAUGUCGUCGACGUUUCUUCCUUCUUCCUAUUCGAAGCCACCGGCGACUCGGAAUCGUGCAGUAAAACCAAUCCCGACGAGAGAGUUUCUGAUCUGGACGACGACGACGCUGAAUCGUGCAGCUGGGACUCGACCGAUCGCUGCCCGUCGAAUGGCGAUUCGAUGGACAGCGUUGAUGCGAUUGAUCGAAAUUGUUCGAAUGAUGAUGAAGAUGAUGAGUGUGAUCGCGACGAGGAAGAGGAAGGGUCGGAUCCGGUGCAGCGUCGGACAUGGAGUGGUAGUGGAGAGAGGCGGAAAUCGAAUGUCUCUGUGGAUUCGACGACGAAAUCAUUCGAGUCGUUGAAUGAGAUGGAGAAGAACCGGCUGUUUUGGGAGACUUGCUUGGCCUCCUAAUUCAUGUCGUUUUUCUUUUUUUUUUUUCGGAGUUUUAUUGAAUAGAUGAUCAUAUAGGUCCCUGUUAAUCUUUUGGUUGGGGCUUUUGAUCAAUCCAAGAAAGGCAAAAACAAAGUAUACAAAGUUCAACAAUGUGUACAUAAGAUUUUUUUUUUCUUUUCCUUAUUUUUCGUUUCUUCUUUAUUUGUUUCUUUAAAGAUAACUUUCAUAUUGGUUUGGGACUUUGGUCUUUUUUUCUUUUUUAAGUGAACCAACAUUUUUAUA